AUGUCCUCCACCCAGCCAAACACCACCCUCUACCUCAAAAAUCUCAACGACAAGGUCAAGAAGGACGAGCUCCGCGCCCAGCUCUUCGCCCUCUUCACCACCUAUGGCAGGAUCCUCGACGUCGUCGCCCUCAAGGGGCCCAAAAUGAAGGGGCAGGCGUUCGUCGUCUUCACCGACCUCGCCGGCGCGACCGCCGCCCUGCGCGGCUGCGAAGGUAUGGUCUUCUACGAUAAGCCAAUGCACAUUGAGUACGCCAAGACGAAGUCGUACGCGACGCUCCGGAGAGAGGACCCCGACUUCGUGCCCCCGACCUCGAUCUAUGUCAAGAACGCGCCCAACGGCAAGCUCGCGAACGGCGGUGCGGGAGAGAAGAGGACACGCGACGAUCGGAUGGACGAGGAUGCCCGUGAGGUCAAGAGGGAGCGGACGGACAAGGACGACGAAGACGACGACGACGAGGAGAUGGAGAUCGAGGAUGACGACGAGGGUCCCAGGCAGGGGGGCUCCACGAACGGCUCACGUCAGUGCGAUGCAGGCCAGAUACCGGCGGCGACUCAGCAGCAAUCGGCGCGGCUGAUGUGCCUCAACCUGCCACAAGAGGUUACGGACGACGUAUUGUCGGUCCUAUUUCAACAGUACCAAGGCUUCCACUCGGUGCAGGUCGUUCCUUCUCCAACACCAAACGCGGCAGGGCAGAGAGUCAAGAUGGCGUACGUGAUGUUCGACUCACCAGAUCUCGCGUCCGUCGCAAAAGAAGCCUUGGAUGGCUUCACACUCAAGAAGGGAUGGGUGAUGUCUGUUUCGUAUAUCUAG